AUGUUGCCAAGACAGCAGUACUCGGCGGUUCUAUGCGCCGUUCUCUUCGGCUCCCUCGUCAGCGCCCAGCAGUUCCAGCAGUGCAUCACCAACUGUGUGCGCCAGUCGGGUUGCUCGCCUACCGACCUUGAUUGCAUGUGCGAGAAGGCCAGCGGAAACUUCUUGACCGAGGUCGUGGUGUGCAUGAACCAAUGGUGCUCGGCCAAGACCUCGCUCAGCGAAUUGCUCGACCCCAUCCAGGCCAACUGUGACGUCCCCAAGUCUGCCAUCCAGAACGCCCAAUCGAAGGCCGGAUUCGACACCGGCUCAUCCACCACCACGAAGGCCAGCCCCACUACCGAGACUUUGAAGUCAGAGGAGCCCAAGGUUUCGACGACCGGCGGCGUCGGCGCCCCGGUCAGGGUCGACUCAACCACGGUUACCAAGGGAACCUCCCCUACAAGCGCUCUGAUCUCUGACACGACCGCGGUCGUCACCCAGACCCCGGAUGCGAGCGCUCCUCUCCUCGUUGCGUCUAGCACCCUGACCACGGUGCCCUCCAGCGCCACCACCGGCUCCAGUAGCUCCAGUAGCUCUGGUGGCUCUAGCGACUCUACCAAUUCAGACAACGACAACGCCCAGGUGUCGUCCGACGGGAGCCCCGCCGGCGCCAGCACGCAGCAAGGCACCGGCGCGACCGAGAAGGCUUCCCUACUCGCGGCCGUGCUGGCCGUCGCCACCGCCAUGGCUUUUGGCUGGUAA